GCGUAUGACAGGCAGGCCACUACACGGAUUCAUAGGAUUCGUCACCGCGCGAAUCUGAUCAUCUUCAUCUUCGUCGUCGUCAUCGUUGUCGGUUCGAGUGUCUUUGACGUCUGUGCCACCCCGUCUGUGCAGAACAGCAGAUGACGGUCGGUCGGUCGGUUGCUGGGUAGAAGAGGGACGAUCGGGUAAAAAAGUACCACGCCCCAAGUGGAGCACAGUGGAAGUAGCCUAAAUUCGCGUUGUUGUUGGUGGCGUAGCGACGUCUUCAACGUCCGUGGUUGUGUUGCGUUGCGUACCUAUUGCUUCUUCGGUCGUUCGGUGGGGGCCCAAAAUGAUGAAAGUCCUGAAAAAUGAACGUGCAAAGAUGCUCACAGCCGCCGCCGCCGUCGCCGCUGCUGCUGUGGAUGACUAACAGCUGUCACUGACAGGCGACCAGACGCAUAGGGAAACGGGGUUGCGGCGAAAAGCUUUGUUGCGUCCCAUAGCGGGUGAGGGGGUUUCUUCUGACGUUACGCAUCUGAUAUCACGCUGUGGUUGUUGUGGGAGAAGUGGGGUGUUUUGUCGGGGGGAUAUUGAAGGUGGAUGACUGUGAAUUCUGUGAUAAAUAUCUACCGCAGUUAUGCCACUCAAAAGAGGUGCUUUCAUAGAUUAAAGUGAAUAUAGGGUGUGAGAGUAACUCGCUUGUUAUCACGAGAUAUGCUGCAAAACGGUGGAGGAAUGAUUCAGCGAUGGUUCGAUGCUUGGGUGCUUUUGUUAUGGAUUGUUGCGCUUGCUGUACAAGAAUGCUGGCCGGUGGGAGCCAUUCAGUUGACCGACAUCAACGUGCCGGAAAUAGUGGACCUUCGGGCGACGGUUACGUUGGCCUGUUCGUACGAUCUGCAGAAUCAAAAGCUGCACUCCGUCAAAUGGUACAAAGGCAAUCGGGAGUUUUUCAGGUACGCUCCCGCCAUCAUCCCACCGUUGCGCACCUUCCCGGUCGAGGGCGUACAGCUGGCCUCGGACGGGCACCAGUGCAACGCGUUCGUGUGCCGGAUACGGCUGACCAGGUUGGAGCGCCAUUCCGGUGGCGAGUAUCGGUGUGAAAUUUCCGGCGAUGCACCGCAGUUCGAGUUGGCCAACAGCAGCCGUAACAUGACGGUAGAAGUGCUGCCCCAGCACGAUCCCAUCAUUAGUGGGUUGGGGGCAACGUAUCACCCGGGGGAGACGCUCGAGGCCAAUUGCACCUCGGAUCUGUCCAGUCUCGGGACGAGGCUGCACUUUUUCGUGAACGAUAAACCGGUUCCAAUCGAGUACCUGCAGCCUCCACACGAAACCACCCUAGACAACGAUAGCUAUCUGCUGCGGUACCGUACGCUAGAGAUGCACCUACCGGUGGAUAGACUGUUCCCCAAGGGAGUGGACCACGCCAAGCUGAACAUCAAAUGUAUCGCGGCAAUCGACUCGGUGCGGACGACUGCUGGACGUGAAACGGCUACGACCGUGACGGUGCAAAGUCAUCACUGGUGGAUUGUGAUGGGUGGUAGCAUUCAUAGCGGUGGUCAUCGGAGCAGAGUUCUGCCGUGGAGUCAAAUCGCUCCCCUUCUAUCACUGCUAAUCAUCACCAGUUUGCUCAAUUUGGCUCCAAUUCUCACCCCAAUAUCUCGACUACUCUCGUGGAGGUAAGCAACCCGGUGCCACAGGCGUUCGCUGCCGUUGGCAUCCAACCGUCGUCGUCGACCAUAGAACUUGGUCUUUUCCCCAAAUCUACCGCAAACAUGGAAAGCACGCAGCCCUCAAAUGGCAGAAUUGCGACGCAUCAGAAGCAGCAGCACCACACAAACAGCGAGCAUUUCGGUGGAGUUCAAUCGCAGCAUCUUCCCAUCUUCAUUCCCCAUCCUAAUCAGAACGUGGAAGCCGACAUCAUUCCUCCGCGGGUUGCCGGGAGGAAGCUGCUGCUAAUUCAAUUGAGCAGCAACCGUGGAGAAAAGUUUGUUGCCAUCACAUGAACAUACAGAGACAAGGCACAUACACACACAAACACAAACACAUAGUUAUAUAUUCUAGUACAACCCCCUAGUCACAAGUGAGGGCUUACGCGAGUUAAACUUCUGCGAAAUAUCCGAAACGGAACCGCUGACGCUGGGAAGAAACGUGAAUUUCUGGUCGGAUACGUGAUUUUCCCUCUUUUGUUAGCUAAUUGUUUGCAUAAUCAUGUAAGGGAGGGAAGGUUGUUCCCUCGUAUGGAAAUUUCAAGCAUUAAUUGGGUAAAUAUGUGUUGGAAUUUGUUUGUCUGUUUCUGGAAAUUUGGUUGAAGACAUCAGAAUUCAGAAAUCAGAAAUCAGAAAUCAGAAAUCAGAAAUCAGAAAUCAGAAAUCAGAAAUCAGAAAUCAGAAAUCAGAAAUCAGAAAUCAGAAAUCAGAAAUCAGAAAUCAGAAAUCAGAAAUCAGAAAUCAGAAAUCAGAAAUCAGAAAUCAAAAAUCAGAAAUCAGAAAUCAGAAAUCAGAAAUCAGAAAUCAGAAAUCAGAAAUCAGAAAUCAGAAAUCAGAAAUCAGAAAUCAGAAAUCAGAAAUCAGAAAUCAGAAAUCAGAA